GGUUGCCCUGGUCUGCCUGCCCCCGUUACCUCUGCACUACUCGUAGGUCCUGCCUAGAGGUAGCUCGCGACCUGUCACUGCGUCUCCCAUCAUUCCAUUCCGCCUUCCAUUUCUCAUUUGCGACGCUGGCUUCCUGCGAUAGUCUCAUCUAACAACACUGCGCUUCCACCACCCGCCUUAUACCGUUCCCUUGUCGCAAGCGCCUCCAACCAUCACCAUGUCCGCUGAGGAGAUAUCGAACCCGUUGGCCGAAUCCGGCGUCACGAUCUCGUCAGACAGCGAGCAGUAUUCGGCGCCCGAAUCCGCAUCACCCCAAUCUCCAUCAUCGUCCUCCCCCGCCGUCGUUCUGUACCAGCCACCCACUGUCUGGUCGCUAUUCCGCAGCGCCGUCAUCAACCUAUUCCUCCCCUUUGUCAAUGGCAUGAUGUUGGGAUUUGGAGAGCUCUUUGCCCACGAAGCUGCGUUCAGGUUGGGAUGGAGCAAUACCAAAGUCUUCCCCGUCAGCAGGCGAGACACGCGUCCCAUCGGCCCCGGUGUCGAAGUGGUCGAGAGGUCGAGGCGGAGAGUGGACUUGGAUGAUCACUUGGAUGAGCUGACCAGCUUGGAGUGAUGAGCGCGUUGUCUUCCGCAGGCCACCCAGCGCAAUGACAUAAAGCAACGACACAACUGUCCGGCUGCAGUGCCGAAACUCGAACCAAAUUCUUGAUGAAACAUCAAAGGGCGAGAUAGACACUUAAACAGCGCUGCUAGCCAACGCAGCACAAGGGAAUCUGUCCGGGUUCUGUGUGCAGUCACACUCCCUCAUUACGACGG